AAUAUAAUCAUUGUGUAAUUUGUUGUUCUCCAGAAUUCAGUACGAACCUGCCAAUUUUAAAACAUCUGUCCAAAUGAAAGUCCCUUGUGUUUUUCAGGCUAGGUUCUUUUUUUUUAAAGAGAGAGAGAGUUUUGUGUUUGUGGACAGAUUAGUUGCUUUCUUCGCAGAGAGUUUAAUCCGUUAAUUUAAUUAAGGUAUUACAUUACGUGUCUCGCCGUGUCCCCUUCACUCUCAGUAACCCGCACGCGCGUCUCAAAAAAGCGGGUCAACAUUCUGCACGCGCAAACCAUCGUCAUUCCUUUUACAUUAUCCAAAAGUUAAUUUUGAUUCCACAUUUAAUCAUUAUGAGGCGUCCAUCAGGUGCUCAAAUGUCCUGAAGCGUUGAAUGUUUAAAAUUGCACGCCGACAACAUGUUUAGUGGUCCUACCACCAUGUCAACAUACAUCACCCGCUGUCAGCACCAGGGCUGGAUGAGGGUCACCGAUAUGAAAGGUUCAUCAAUUCACUGGAUAUCUUGUGGAAAACCACUUUCGGAACCAAUCGGAUGGCAGGUCAAAUUUUGCUUGGUUGCAGAAUGUCAACUAGUCCUCCUGGACAAGAGAGAGAUCAGUCCAAUGCUGUUCCGAGAGCGCCGUGCUGAAUCAUGCACUGUAUGGCUCCUGCGACGCAGCACCAGCAUUCCUGAGGGAGUUCAGCUCUGUAAAAACCAGAGCACCCAAACCAGAAAUGCCAAGUCUCUCACUGACAGGGUGGGCCGGCGGCGCAGUAUGCCUGGCAGUACGGUGGACAAAACGGUGAUCGCUAUGGAUGCAGACACGUCAACACCUUUUAAAGUCACGGGCUUCCUGAGCCGCAGACUGAAGGGUUCCAUCAAACGCACCAAAAGCCAGCCGAAGCUCGACCGCCACAGCAGCUUCAGGAACAUCUUACCGGGCUUCAAGAGCGCGGAGAAUGACAGUAGAUCCCAUCUGAUGCCGAGGCUGAAGGAAUCGCGGUCUCACGAGUCGUUGCUCAGCCCCAGCAGUGCAGUAGAAGCUCUAGAUCUCAGUAUGGAGGAGGAAGUGCUCAUCAAACCUGUGCACAGCAGCAUCCUGGGACAGGAUUUCUGCUUUGAGGUAACUACUUCAACAGGAAGCAAAUGCUUCUCAUGUCGGUCGGCUGCCGAGAGAGACAAAUGGAUGGAGAAUUUGAGACGUGCUGUGCAUCCCAACAAGGAUAACACCCGUCGGGUGGAAAACAUGCUGAAAUGUUGGAUUAUCGAAGCCAAGGACUUGCCAGCAAAGAAAAAAUACUUCUGUGAACUUUGUCUGGAUGACACGUUAUAUGCACGGACUACCUGCAAACUCAAAACGGACAAUGUUUUCUGGGGUGAACACUUUGAGUUCAACAACCUGCCCUCAGUUAAGAGCAUCACCGUGCAUCUUUACAAAGAAACGGACAAAAAGAAAAAGAAGGACAAAAAUAACUACGUGGGCCUGGUCAGUAUCCCUAUAGCGGCAGUCACCGGGCGGCAGUUUGUGGAAAAAUGGUAUUCCGUGAGCACGCCGAAUCCCAACAAAGGAAAGAGUCCAGGACCCAUGGUCCGAAUGAAAUCCCGAUAUCAGAGCAUGAGCAUCCUCCCCAUGGAGCUGUACAAGGAAUUCGCAGAGUAUAUUACUAACAAUUAUAUGCUAAUGUGCUCGUUGCUGGAGCCAGCGCUAAGUGUGAAGAACAAGGAGGAGAUGGCUUCUGCACUUGUCCAUAUCUUACAGAGCACAGGCAAGGCCAAGGACUUUCUGACAGAUCUGAUGAUGUCUGAGGUGGAUCGGUGCGGAGACAAUGAGCAUCUCAUAUUCCGUGAGAACACACUGGCUACUAAAGCUAUAGAGGAGUACCUGAAACUAGUGGGACAGAAGUACCUUCAGGAUGCUUUAGGUGAGUUCAUCAAAGCCCUGUAUGAGUCAGACGAGAACUGCGAGGUGGAUCCGUCUAAGUGCUCCUCCAGUGACCUGCAUGAGCACCAGAGCAACCUCAAGAUGUGCUGUGAGCUGGCUUUCUGCAAGAUCAUCAAUUCUUACUGCGUGUUUCCUCGGGAGCUCAAGGAAGUGUUUGCAUCCUGGAGGCAGGAGUGCAGCAACCGAGGACGACCGGACAUCAGCGAACGCCUGAUCAGCGCAUCUCUUUUCCUGCGCUUCCUGUGUCCUGCGAUCAUGUCACCCUCACUCUUCAGCCUCAUGCAGGAAUAUCCAGACGACCGCACUGCCCGAACACUUACACUUAUCGCCAAAGUGACACAAAACCUCGCCAACUUCACCAAGUUUGGCAGUAAGGAGGAGUACAUGUCCUUCAUGAAUCAAUUCUUGGAGCAUGAAUGGACCAACAUGCAGCGCUUCCUGCUGGAGAUCUCCAACCCGGAGACCAUCUCAAACACAGCAGGCUUCGAGGGUUAUGUUGACCUGGGCCGUGAACUCUCCACUCUCCAUUCUCUCCUGUCAGAAGCCGUUUCACAACUCGAUCAGAGUACUAUCACUAAGCUGGGUCCUUUAGCACGGAUCCUGCGGGAUGUGAAUUCGGCCCUGACAAACCCCACCGGAGCCCCCAUGUCGUCUCCCACCGAGCGUGUGGGCUCCCCCACUCUACCCAGCAGCAGCCUGUCUACCGGUCUGCAGAAAAUGGUCAUGGACAGUGAGAUCACAGGGUUGGUGGAUUUCACUCGGCUGCCCUCACCGACCCCCGAAAACAAGGAUCUGUUUUUCGUAACGAAGAAUUCUGUGAUCCAACCGUCACCUGCCCGCAGCUCCAGUUACUCGGAGGCCAACGAGCCAGAUGUUCAGAUCCCCAACGGCAGCAAGAGCUUGUCAAUGGUGGACCUGCAGGACAGUCGUUCCCUCGAGAGCGCUCCCAACACCUCCUUCAGCGACCCCAUCAAUGACAUCCAGACCUCCGUGGGCCAGGGCACAGGAGUGUGGACCACCCGCACCGCUAAGGGCAACACGCCCAGCGGUCCGACCCUGAGGAGGGCAGGUCAGACCCCCACCACACCGAGCACAGAAACUGCCCCGGGGAGGUCCCAGCUGCUUGCCCCGCUCUCGUUCCAGAACCCCGUGUACCAGAUGGCCGCCGGAUUGCCCCGUGCAGUGGCCGAUUCAGGAUCUGAAUGCCAGAGCUCCAUCAGCUCCCAGAGUAACGCAGAGGAAGCAGCUACUGCGGGGUCAAAGCACCCAUUCCUGAGCCAGUCCAGCACGGGGGCCAGCGGCGGAGGGGGCAGCAGCGGGGACGAGUUCAUUCGGUGUUCUGGAGAGUUCACCCGCAGACAGUUGUCCCUCACGGAGCCCCAACACCAAGCCAACGUUCCACGCCAGAACAGCGCGGGGCCGCAGCGUCGGAUAGAUCAGCCGCCUCCAGCCGUCACAAGGGGCCGCACUCCGCCCAACAUGCUCAACACCGCACCGUACCCCCGCCCUUCCAGUGGAAGUAUGAUGUCAUCAUCUCCUGACUGGCCAAGCAGCGGCACCAGACUGAGGCAGCAGUCAUCGUCCUCCAAAGGGGACAGUCCAGAAUCCAAGCAGCGCACCCUACACAAGCAAGCUCCAUCUCCUGUGAAUCCCAAUGCAUUGGACCGCACUGCUGCGUGGCUGCUGAAUAUGAAUGUGCAAUAUUUGGAGCAGGAGGGAAUUGACCCAGAUUCGAAACACCGGGAGGACUUUCCAAACAAGGAAGAUCUCACACCAACUGAAAAGUAUCAGCAGGAGAUUGCUGUCCUGCAGGAGAAGCUGCGUAUUUCUGCUAAGAAGCUGGAGGAGUAUGAAUCUCGCAUGAAGAGCCAGGACGACCAAACCCAGAAGAUGCUCCUGGAGUACCAGGCCCGGCUUGAGGACACGGAGGAGAGAUUACGCAAGCAGCAGGAUGAGAAAGAACACCAGAUGAAGAGCAUCAUCACCAGGUUGAUGUCAGUUGAAGAAGAGCUGAAGAAAGAUCACGCAGACAUGCAGGCAAUUGUAGACUCCAAACAGAAAAUCAUCGAAGCCCAGGAGAAGAGAAUCGCAUCCCUGGACGCCGCAAACGCCCGGCUAAUGAGCGCUCUGUCUCAGCUGAAGGAUCGUUACAGCAUGCAAACGAGGAACGGCAUCUCUCCCACCAACCCUACCAAGCUGCAGAUCACGGAAAACGGUGAAUUUCGGAACAGCAGCAACUGCUAGCAUGGACACAAACACACAACACAGGCCUAAGGGUCUAGUGAUGGACAAGGGCUAAGGGUAACUCUCUUACAGUACGGCGGGGUUCAAUUGACUUCACAAAGUCCCUAGUACUGGGUCGAAAAUAACUCUUUGGAACGAAUCGGAUAGAGUUGCACAAUGUUGUUUUUUUUCACUCAGUAUAUAAAGGCUAAUGUGUCUUUUUGAAUCCUUUUAGAUUAUUAGCUACGCAAAUUCAUUCAUAGCCCUUGUCACGAGAGCCGCUCGGUCACCGAUGUAAGCCGUGACCAGAUUCUGUAUCAUCUCUAGAUUUGAACUGUGCAUAUACACCUUUUGAUUGGACUUGGCAUGAUAAUAAUGUAAUUAUUUGUUGAAACUCUAUUUUCCGCUUUCUUUUUAUUGUGCACAUUUCAUGUAAACAUCCUUUUCUUGCCGUUUUUGUCGCUUGCGUCACUCCAGGGCAGCAGUAGCACAAACGGCUUGCUUUUUUUGUAAGGUUAAAGAGAGGACUGUAAAAACAUCGCAUUUUGUUGCAUACUUUUUUUGUAUGUGCAUAACAUUUUAGUCUGUACAGAGGCGAUGCGCCUCAUUAAUGUAUAUAGUUUUUUAUGGGCUUUUCAGAGAAAAGAGGUUUUUUUUUUUUGGUACAGUGUGUAUUUCGUGUGCUGAGGUCUGCUGUACUUUAUUUAGAAGCAAAACAAAACAAAACAAAACAAUGUAAGCUCUGAUUGUAUAUUCAGGUGCUGCUUUUAGACAGGGAAAAGACGACUACACACUUUAACCCCUCUGCUAUCAACGCCGUGGAUAGAAACAUCCUCAUACUGCUUGCUAUUGGCCAGUAUUAGACACAGUUUCCAACAUCGUACCUACAGUACAAUCGGUGUGUGUCCCCUACGAUGUCUUUCUUCCACUCUAUGCACUUUCUAUAGCAUUAGAAUGGACCCUUUAACCAAAACCUGCUUCUGUGGACUUGUUAUAAAGGCUAUUCAGAGCAGCAAGUACAAAGCAUAUAGCAUUCGGCACUUGAGUUGAUGUGUGAAGGGUACGUGGCUGGUUUUUUACUUAAAGCUUGUGAUGUUUUCUGCUCUUCAGAUGCAGUUUGCGUCAAACGAGUAGCACGGCAAUAGUUGCAUCAACCCUGCUGCUGACAGACCCUUUGCUCCGGUAUCAGGCGAACCUGUUUUAGCUUCACCGAACUUUAUUCAAAUCAGGUUCAUGGAGAACAGUUUGAAGACUGUCAGUGUUUCUUAAUGUAUAAAUAUUCACAUCAGUUUAUUUGGGACAAUAAUUUUGGAAAAACUGAAAGGGCAAACCACUUUGUGUAUAAACAUCAUAUCAGACAUCUCCAUUUUUUAGUAUUCUGUUUUUCGCUAGAUUUUUUUUUUUUUCAUCAUACAAGCUCGAGAGAAAGUAUGCUCUGUUUAACUGUGUUUUUUUGGAAUAGCUUUUUUAAUUUAAGUUUUAAAUUAUGUUUAGUUAAUUUAUUUAUUCAACUAUAUUUGUUGUUUUAACCCCAAAAUUACCCAAGAGUACUUGUUGAAGUUUGAAUGCUGAGUGUGAACAGAACAGAAGUUGAGCUCAUCUUUUCCAUAUUCAUAGUUUUGACGUGACGUGACAGCCCUACAGGAACGCACAGCUUUCUGCCACUGACCGCAAGUUAUUUUUAUGAGGUUUGUAUUAAGUAGUAAUACAGUAAGACACUAUAUUACUAUAUUAUUAAGGCCAAAUUCAGUAUACGCUUUAUUAAUGAUACAUACGUUGUACAGGCAGAUGAACCCAGAAUAUAAACACAGUGUGCAAAGUUUCACAUGAAAUUUUUUCCAUAGAAAUCCAUUAUAAAGAAAACACGCAUUGCAUUCUGGGAUCAUCUGCUUGCCUAUACAAAAUAUGAACAGUAUCAUCAAUAGUGUUAUCAUCAAUAGUGUAUACUGUCUUUGAUAUUUACAUAUCACUCUUUUAAUACAUUAAGGUACUUUUCACAUUAAACAUUUUUGAGCGUCCCAAUGUUUUUAGUGAUUGAAAUAUUGCGGUAAAUAGCCAAAACUUGCAUUUUUUUCCCACAUAUCUUUGAUUUUUUUUUUUUUUUUUUGAGAGGUAAUUAAAUAUUUGUGGCUUGGAAAUGGAUGGAAAAUUGACAGGCUUGUGCUGCAGUUCCAUGGAUGUUUUGUCACGUGACUGAAAACUAUGAAUUGUGACAUAUAUCCGGGUGAAAUGGCCUCUUGAACGAGAAAAAAUGUUCAUUUUGUUGAUGGGGAAUUGAGUGGAUUGUUGGAUUGUUUGCUAAAUGCUGUGACCACAUUUGAGAAGAGAAGAGAUGUCGUUGCAAGGGGAGAUCACAUGAGGAUGCACGAAUUCCAAAAAAUAUAUAAUAAUAAUAAUAAUAAUAAUGAAUCAUUUAUAGUAAACACUGCAAUAUUCCAUAAAAAAUAAGAAUUGACCAUUUUGGUUUCAUGGUGACUUUUUUUUUUCCAGAUGUUACAAUACCACUGGUGUGAGGUUAAAGGCAGGACUGUCUUUUCAUUCAAACAGUUGGGUUCGAGAAACCUGUCUGAAAACAUUCAUUGUUUUUGCAGUUGCAGAUGUUUAGGCUAGUGAUGCAGAAAUUACAUACUUUACUUUUAAGACUUAAGGUGAGGUCUCAUUAACCACUGUUCACAGGCAAAAUCCAUUAAUUACAAAAGCAAUCAGCAAUUUUUUUGCAACGGGUUCAGGUUGAUCAUGUGAAUUCGCCAACGCUGACCAACAGAAAGCUGCUUGGUUUGAAAGUGACUUCUGUGUGAGUUAGGCUUCAUGGAUCACUACAUUACUCAGAAUAAACAAAGGACCUUUGUUGCCUGUGAACUUUUGCAGAAAUUCCAAUAAUGUGACCACAUCUUUAUACUAACCUGUUUAAAUACAGAGAAAUUGAAAACAAGCAAACAAAACAUGUCUGGACUUCCUGUAACACAAACUUUUGACGGCAAUAGUAUGGCACAUUAUAACACUUCAAUUUUUUUGGUUUUAACUCCCUUAAUAUGUUAUGUGAAAGUAAAAGGGCUGCUGUUUAGUAUCACCUAAUUUAAAGGAAGACAACUUUUUCCUGUUUGGCAUGACUAUAUAUCAAAAACCAUGUAAAAUCUCCACAGUGUUUUCUGCUUUACUUCUCCAUCUUUUGUAUGUAUGUUUCAGAGCUACGCUGACGGUUUUGCCACAUGUACAUACAUGAUCAGAAGACAUACCAAUAUAUGAGAAGUCAUUUGUGUUGAAGAAAAUGUUCAGUGCAAUUCAUGUACAAUUGCCUCUAGAAUUAUUAAAGUUUUAUUUAGCUAUUUCAAGGUUCUUACUUUAUUUGUUAGUUUACUGUACAGUCCAAGAAAAAUACUGUUGUUGAGAAAAAGAUAUAUUGUUUCACCUGUGUAAAAUUAAGUAAAUGCUAUGGACAGAAUGUAUAUAUCCAUGUAGAAUGCCAUUGUCAAGAUGGGUGCACUUCAGUGAGUGGCAUUCAAAAUAAAAGCAAAGUAUUUGUC